UCGGGUGUUGCUUCGGGAGGACGGAUUCUGACUCGGUUCGUCCCGUCUCCUUGACCCGGCACCCCAGAGACUACCGCCGUAGUAGGAGCAGUGGCCACAGCAGCUCAGAGUCGCAGACAUCAAACCGCAGCGCCAACGCCGACCGGAUCGAUCGCAUCAGCAUGGCCGAGCUCCACGUCGUCGGAGAGAUAUUGGGCGCCUCGGGAUUCCCAUCACCAAAGCUGUCCUGCAAAUGGAGUCUGAUCGCGGGCGAAGGCUGGAAAGUCAUCGAGGGAGUAACCUCGGGGCAGACCCAUGUCGAUCUGCCAACGGACGACCGAUACACCAUCUGGAGCCACCCGAUAGAUAUUCACUACGGCACAAAAACUCUGGUUGGAUGGCCCAAGCUACAGCUCCAGGUCUACCACCAGGAUGAAUACGGCCGGAAUGAACUCUACGGCUAUGGCUUCAUUCACCUUCCAACCACCCCGGGCACACAUGAACUUGAAUGUCCGACAUGGCGACCGCUGGGAUCGACUUCUGAUCAGCUAUGGUCGUACUUUCUCGGGGCUACGCCGCAGCUCAAGAAGCUGGAUCAUAUCCAUAGCCCCAUGGACCGGUAUCGACUCAACACCAUUUCGAUGGGCAAGGUCCAUGUCGAGGUCACUGUGAUUGUCCGCAACUUUGAUGCUUAUGGCGUAGCCCUCUGA